AACAGAUCAGCAUGAGGGCUUUAAUUAUCGUCUUGGUCGCUUUUGCAGCGGCUGUUUCAGCGGCAAGAAAAUGUCCCAACACCUGUUGGAAACUCCCCCGUGAACCAGUGUGCGGCAGCAAUGGCGUCACCUUCAGGAAUUACUGCGCACUUGUUCGAAGAAACUGUAUGCAACCAAGGACCAAAGAAGUGACGCUGCUGUAUGAUGGAACAUGUGUGAACUAUGACCUCGCCGUUCCUAGGGCCCAGGACCCCCAACCGGAAAUCCGGUACAGGCCCAUGGACUGCUCGCGCUAUCCCGGGCCCAAGUUUGCUCCGUGCCCUAAUCUCAGUGACCCCACCUGCGGUAAUGAUCUGAAAACCUACCCGAACGAGUGCAGGAUGUGCCGUACCCAGAAAGAAGGGCUUGUCAUCCGUCAUAAAGGGCGAUGUACAACGUAUGAGAUGGCUCUGACAGGCGAAUCCGACCCUAACGCAGUCAGUAAACGGGAAAUCGCUCCUCUGGCACUGCCACGUCAGCCUAACUGCCGAGACGCCUUUGUCCCGUGUUCGCACACUUACGGAAGCCAAGUUUGCGCCUCUGACGGAAUGCGUGAGCAGACUUUCGCGAGUGAGUGCGUUCUUUGCAGCCACUGGAGGAAAGCCUCUGUGAAUGGAGCUCCACUGAACUACCUAAUUACAAAGGUUGGAGGCAUCUGCUAGACGUCCGCAUUCUCCACCCAGGGAAGCAUGAGCACGCUUAAUGAGUUAUCUCCCUUCAUUGAGGAAACUUAAAAUAUUGUGAAGGAUGAUUU